GAGAUCCACUGCUUUGCUCCACUGCCCAGGUGUCCUGUGUAUUCUUCCACCUUCCCGCUGUGCACACAGUAGCGCUGCCACCACCACCACCAGCGCCGCCGCCGCCGCCGCGAGAGAGACGCCGACGACCUGGUGAUUGGAGCCCUGCGGAGAGCUCUUGAGCACCCAGCUGUGCCUCAGGAGACCAGCCUUCCCUGUCACCCCAGUUUUUGCUACUGGAGAGGAGCCAUGAGCUGCAUCCUGAACGGCAUCAUCCCCCUGGGACUGGUGCUGCUGGCCUGUGGAGCCCAAAGCCUUUUUCUUAUUCUGCCCAACGUCACACACUUUGAGAAGCUGCUCAGCAAAUACCAGCAAGACGAGCCUCACUCGCGGGCCCGGAGGGCCAUCCCCAAGUCGGACAAGGAAGAGAUCCUCAUGCUUCACAAUAAACUGCGGGGCCAGGUGUACCCCCCAGCCUCCAACAUGGAGUACAUGACCUGGGAUGAAGAGCUGGCGAAGUCGGCGGCCGCGUGGGCUCACGAGUGCAUCUGGGAGCACGGGCCCACCAGUCUGCUGGUGUCCAUUGGGCAGAAUCUGGCCGUCCACUGGGGCAGGUAUCGCUCUCCUGGGUUCCAUGUGCAGUCUUGGUACGACGAAGUGAAGGACUAUACCUACCCCUAUCCCCACGAGUGCAACCCCUGGUGUCCGGAGAGGUGCUCCGGGGCCAUGUGUACCCACUACACACAGAUAGUUUGGGCCACCACCAGUAAGGUUGGCUGUGCUGUGAACACCUGCCAGAGGAUGAACGUCUGGGGAGAUGUUUGGGAGAAUGCCGUCUACCUCGUCUGCAAUUACUCUCCAAAGGGGAACUGGAUUGGAGAGGCCCCCUACAGAACUGGCCGGCCCUGCUCUGAGUGUCCGCCCAGCUACGGAGGUGGCUGCAAGAACAACUUGUGUUACCGAGAAGAGACUUACGACCAAAAACCUGAAACAGACGAGAUGAACGAGGUCGAGACAGCUCCUGUUGCUGAAGAGAAACACGUCUGGGUCCAGCCGAGGGUGAUCAGACCCGCCAAGCCCAAGAAAUCGUCCGCCUUGAAUUACAUGACCCAAGUUGUGAGGUGCGACACCAAGCUGAAAGACAAGUGCAAAGGGUCUACUUGCAACAGGUACCAGUGCCCAGCAGGCUGCCUGAAUAACAAGGCAAAGAUUUUUGGAACUCUCUUUUAUGAAAGUUCGUCCAGCAUAUGCCGGGCUGCCAUUCACUACGGGAUCCUAGAUGACAGAGGAGGCCUGGUGGACAUCACUAGGAAUGGGAAGGUCCCUUUUUUCGUCAAGUCUGAGAGAAAUGGUGUGGAGUCUUUGAGCAAAUACAAAGCUUCCAGCUCGUUCACAGUGUCAAAAGUAAAAGUGCAGGACCUGGACUGCUACACCACUGUCGCUCAACUCUGCCCAUUCGAGAAGCCGGGGACCCACUGCCCAAGAGUUCAUUGUCCGGCACACUGCAAAGACGAGCCGUCCUACUGGGCUCCAGUGUUUGGGACCAACAUCUACUCAGACACUUCAAGCAUCUGUAAGACAGCCGUGCACGCAGGAGUCAUCAGGAAUGAAAGUGGGGGCUACGUGGACGUGAUGCCUGUUGAUAAAAAGAAGACGUACGUGGGCUCGCUCAGGAAUGGGGUCCAGUCUGAAAGCUUGAAGACCCCUCAAGAUGGAAAGGCCUUCCGGAUCUUCGCUGUCAGGCAGUGAACUUCUGGUGCUGGGGAGCAGGGGGGUCUUCUAGAAAAGGCUUCGGGUUCUUGCUUUUUAUUUUUAUUUUAUCCUUUUGGGGUGGGUGGGGAUAUGGAGAGGCAGGAAACUUCCUUGGAGCGAUUUUCAGUGUCACAUCCUUCAUGCCUUUGUUUCCUCUCGGUACCGUGGAGAAACAGCAUCCUGGCGGGACGCCCGGUGGGUCCUGCCGCAGCCCGGGGGUCUCCAUCUGGAUGCCCUCUCUAUACGGGCAGUCACACGAGAUGGUUCUUCUCAUGUGUUCUUUUGAGUGGGGUGGAGAGAGGUUUCCAAAACCCGCGGAGAGAGCACAGGAUUUGGCACUCACGGGGCGAGGCGUUCAGGGGCGUGGGAAGAGGCAUUCUGAGCAUGUGCAGGGGGAGUUUCAGGAAUGGGGUAGAAGGUAGUUAUUUAAAAAAUUAAAAAACACUGUCCGUCCCUACCAAUGGAGAAAAAUGGGUUUAAUGUUUGCUGGUCAGACAAAUGGGCCGGAACAGGGGGCUGGGGAAGUGAGACUCAGGCUCUUCCCUGGCAACCCUCCUUGCGAGCGUCCUGCCACGAGCAGGCUGGUUCUCUAUACAGCAGUGCUGGUUUAUUUAGAGUUCACCAGUAACUCCAGAGAUUUAUCUUGUUUUUGUCCUUUCCUUCGUCCACGCGGCCCGUCUGUUUGCUGCCGUGACCUUUGGUCUCGUUGAAGACUAAUGAACCAGGUUCCUUACUUCACCCCCUACCCACUGUGGCUCACGCGCCCGCCAGACUAGUUUACAUGUCAUACUUCACACCAGGGUCUUUGCUUUUGCAAGCAAUUCUGUGCGAAGCCCACUUUUUUUUUAAACUCCUAGUCUCUGUUGGUUCCACUGAGACGUCUAUGAACAGCCGAAGAAGGGCUAUUUGGUUGCCGCUUUUUAAAAAUGACCAUUAAACGUGCAGAUUCCUCUUUCGUCGGAUGACCUAUUUUUUUAGCAGUGGGAGGAACGGAUUCCUUAGUACCUUCCUCGCCGAGGUUAGCAGCUCUGCGGAGAGGAACAGUCUGUGGUUAUGAAACCGUCCUGCGGCAUAAUAACAACAAGAGAGGGUAACACUCUAGAAGGAUUUCUCUUCCUGUUUUUGUGGAACAGCUCUUGCCAAAUGUUCCUGAGGCUCCGAGGAGUGUGGUGCUCUCUGGCUUCCAUCACUUUAUAAAAGUUCUUCAUAAGCCCAGACCAAAAACCCACAGUGAAAUAAAAUACCCUUUUGUAAAUAGCGUCUCUUUACAGAAGGUAAAAUUCCACCCUCCAGCACCGGGCUGGCCAAUGCAUCACUUUUGUGAAUGCCAGUUACAAAUCUGAUUUCGCUCUCCAUCGAAAUAUUUCAAAGGCAAAGGAAUCAGCAGAAAAAGAAAAAGUGGUGCAUUGUUGAGUGCCUUCCUAAUUAAUGCAAAAAAAUGAAGGUAAAUAGCUUCUCCUCUCCUCCCUUUAGGGAGUUCGUAUAAACAAUGAAGCUCUUAGCUUAACGGAGCUGAAAUUAGCAGGACUAUGUUUUUUCUGUGUGCAUUGUGGGCUUGUAGUAAUUCAUAGGUUCUGACUAUUCAACCCCAAAUGUCAGAGUGAAAGAAUUUGGUCAGCCUGUCAGAUAUUGUGUCUGGUUACCACCAAAGAUCUGAGUACUUGGAAACUUCUGGAUACUACGAGUUGUACUGCUGGACUUCGGCUUGUCACCAGCCUUUUGUGGCUGCGACUGUGGCUAUGGCGAGCCUGCCAGGUUGGGCUUUUAAAACUAGUGACAGUCCAGGAGACUUUCAGUGGGUUUGCUUUUGAAGCCUCUUGCCCGAGGCAGAAUCUGAAGCUUUCGGAGUGAGUCGACCCCAUCAUUUUAAGUUAAGUUCCCAGGUUCCUGAACACUUCAUAAAGCGAACCCAUCGAACAGCAUAGAAAGUCCUCGCCCCCAGCCAGAUCCUGUGCCCUUUUCAUUCUCAUGAACAUUUUGAAACUGGAACCAUUUUUCUUCUGAAAAUGGAAACUAAGACUAGAAAUUAUUAGCCCUUGUAAUCAGGGACCACCUCUGAUUUUAUGUUUAACAGGGUCCAUUGUGCCAUUAGCACUUAAUCCAUAAAAAGAUGGUAAAUCAGCCCAACGGUGUUUCUAGAUCUCCUGCCCCCAAAAUGAAAAGUUUCGAUUUCCUUCAGAUUUUUGUCCCAUCGUGUCCUGAGAUUUCAUAUUGUCUGUAGGCUCACUCAGCCCGCAGCUUAUGUGUGUGCUUUUUUUCUAUGAAAAAUGAUGUAUUUACUACUUCCUAUGUACAAACGUUUACUGUAAAAAAAAAUUUUGUGCUUUGCAUGAACAGGGACCACAUUGCUGUUGUUUCAAUAAAACUGGUUUGAUUUCUAAAACAUUUCUAUGACAUGUAUUUUAUGGACAAAUCCGAACAGUUUGUGAAAUAAACCAUUUAAAAGCUCC